AUGCAGAGUAUGUCAAUUUUAUGGCUCUUAGUUUUGUGUAUAUUUACAUCGGUCACAUAUGGAGCUCCGACGAUGACAGAUGCACAAUUGGAGCAAGCUCUAUCCGACAAAAAUACUAUGCAGCGUUAUAUGAAAUGUGCGUUAGGGGAGGGACCAUGUGACCCAGUUGGCAUAAGGCUUAUAAUUUUAGCCCCAUUAGUACUUCGUGGCCCCUGCCCCCAGUGUACAGCACAGGAGACGCGACAAAUACGACGUAUACUAGCAUAUGUUCAGAGAAACUAUCCGCGGGAAUGGGCGAGGAUAAUUCGCCAGCACGGAUAA